AGUAGCCAAUAGGCAAGAACAAUCCGAUUUUAAUGCGAGAGACGCGCGAAUUGCCUGCUUCGCGUGUUGCCGUGCCGCUAAUGAAUGUCAUGGGUGAUGUUCGGGCUGCCGUUCCAGAGCUGUCGCAAGAAGAGGCGAACAUCUACGAUCGUCAGAUACGCCUCUGGGGUUUGGAGUCGCAAAAGAGGUUGCGAGCUGUGAGAGUUCUGGUCGCCGGCUUGAACGGCCUCGGAGCUGAAGUGGCGAAGAACCUGGUUUUGGCGGGCAUCAAGUCCAUUACCCUCCUCGAUAACCACAAUGUGACCAAUGAUGACUUCGCGGCCCAAUUCAUGGUCGACAGAAAAGAUGUUGGCAAAAAUAGAGCGCACAGUUCAAAGGCGUACACGAAGAACCUGAAUCCUAUGGUUGAAGUGGAGUCCGAAGACGGCGAGCUGGUGGACAAGGACGACGAUUAUUUCCGCAAGUUCGACAUUGUGUGCUGCACUGAGAGCCUUCCCACGGAAGCCCUCAUCAAGGUCAACACUUGCUGUCGUAAUCUCGGUGUCAAGUUUUUCUGCGGCCAUGUGUGGGGCUUCUUCGGCUACUACUUCAGCGACCUCAUUCAGCACGCCUACACGCAAGAAGUGCCUAAACUCGCAAAGCCUGGCGCUCCUUGCCCAGCCAAGAAACAAAAGAUGGAAAACGACACGAGUGCAGUGAUUCAAAAGGUGAUGACCUGUGUACCACUUUCGAGAGCACUUCAAGUCAAGGCGGGCAAAGCAAGCACCGGCCUGGAUCGGAAGACGUCGCCUCUCUUCUUUCUGCUCCACGUUCUACUGCGUUUCUACGACAAGCACCAUGUCGAUCCUUGCGAGUCGGACAAGGAAAAGCUAGUGGAACUGAGGAGCGAAGUGGCAGCAGACCUGGCUAUCGACAAGGAACGCAUACCUGAGAGUCUCUUCAACACCAUUUCCAAGGAAGUGUGCGCGACGAACGCCGUUGUUGGAGGUGUCCUGGCUCAGGACAUUAUCAAGGUGGCAUCGUGCAAGGACCCGCCGCUAAAAAACUUCUUCCUUUUUGAUGGCUUCGAGUGCUUGCGGUCUCCAAGAAAACAUUGGCCGGUGACUGUACACACUCCUCAUCACUAAUGCAUUUAACUAUCAUUCAUAACAUACCGAGGAAUAUAAUGAAAUAAAGGUUGCACAAUACAGAUUGAAAGUUUGGACUGGGCCAAACUUUCACUCUUGUAUCUUGUAUCUCACUACCUA